GACGAUCCGCCAGUGAUGUUUUUUUUUUUUUUGAAAAUCGGCGGUAGCCCGUUUGUCCGUCGAUUUUUGUGGGGUCUUUACCUAAACCAAAAGUCUUUAAAUACAAACUUGGCAAAGGAAUAUCAUGCUGCAGCAGUGUGCAGAGCAGCCAGGACUUUUGGGAAAACUUCAUCCCGGGGAGAAGAAGCUGGAGGGGAAGACCUUCUAUUUGGACAAUGUGAAAAAACGUCUCGCAGCCCUGCUUUUGGAAGCCAUCGCUGUCCUUGGAGGGAGUGUGGAGAGCUUCCUCCACAGAGAUGUGAGCUUUGUGGUGACGGGACGUCAGGUGGGCUUGGAGGAGAAAAAGCUUGCAGGAAGCGGGAGGAGCGAUGAACCCCGGCGGCCCGUCCAGCAGCGAGAAGGUGGUCUCAAUGACGGCGGCAAGCGGCGACCAGGAACUCUUCGGCCAGCGGCUUGCGGCAGCCGAGGAAAAGCCCUGCUUGAAAAAGCCAUUCGCAACAACGAGCGGCUGCAGGCGAGCAAUGUGCUGUCAAACGCCCGUUCGUGGGGAGUGAGCAUUGUUCAUGCGGACGAUGUUCUCAUUUACCUGAAGAAGCUGAACCGCGAGUGUGCCCUCGUCAGACCCAGCAGAGCCGAGAGGACUUCCAGCAGGCAGCCCUCUUGCCGUGGUGUCAAAGCCGCGCCUCUGAGAUCUCCUUUCCUCAAAAUUGAAGACGUCAGCAGGAAGUACAAGCCCCUGCACGUGCAGUCCAUGAGCUUCCCCUCCUUGUGCUACUUGGGACGGGUCAGUCCCUUCGAGCCGCCGCCUCCUACUCGCCUUGAGAAGACGGCGAAGCGAUCGGGGCCAAAGAGCAAAGUGGAAUGCGGCAGCGAGGACAAGUCUCAAAGUCUGUCGCCGUGGCCCCCGCGCAAGAAGAACGUCUCUUACUGUGAAUGUUGCCUUCAAGCCUUCGCUAACCUGGCAGAGCACUUGCGGUCCGAUCGGCAUCGCGCCUUUGCCGCCGAGAGCUCCAAUUAUGCCGCCUUGGAGCAUCUUGUGCUCAAAAUGGUUCCCGCGUUUGACCUCGGUUCUUCCGAGCAAGCUGACGAAGUGCCGAACAGGCCGCCAGAUGCUGCGCCCGUGCCGGCCCAUUGUGAACUUGUGCAUCUGACCGACGCCGAGAUGGAACGUGAAGUUGGGGCCUUGAAAAGACGAUCCUCCUCCUCCAUCCCGGCUCUGAAUUCUUCUCCUCUUCGGUCCAGGAAGUCACCCGACAGAAUGGAUCCCGUCCCCAAUCCGACCCCGAAAUCAGCUGACAUCCAGUGCCCCAAAGCCGAUGACCUCGCCCGUACUGCAACCGGGCCCUUCCCGGUUUUCAACACGGCGCCGCAAGGCCUUUCUCCUUUGCCGCCCUCCCCCCGGCCCGCUGCGCAAGAUCCGGCCUUUGACCCGUACUCCGUGCCUCCGGUCCUCAGCCCGCAAGUCUUCACUCCCGACGACGCGGAGACCCGAAGUCUAUACUCGGAACCUCCCGUCCUCAGUCCUCAAUAUUAUGACGGUGAAACGGGGACCAGUCAAAGUGGGUCUGAAUCGCUUCCCAUCUCCUCCCUCACAUUUCCUUCUGCGCUUGCGUCCGGUCCGGAAGAAGCGAAGGGUUCCCGUCCGUGUCCCACCGAGCCCCCGCGUUGUUUGAAGCAAUCUCCAAACCCCGACAAACGGCCUCGGUGUUCCAGCUGCGACCGCAACCGCAGCAAAAGGAAAAGAAAAGAUGGCGAGGACAUCAGUGAAUCGGAAAGUCGCGUCUUCACCCGGGAGGAGUGGCGUCUUUCCCAGAUGACCUCUGUGGUUCAAGAAGGCAAGUCAAAUGCAAACGCCUCUCAAACGGCCAGCGGGGCUCUGGCGCGAGACGGACGACCCGUCUCGCCGUUCAAACUGUUGGGUCACGGCGUUGAAACGGGAUGGUCGCCCGCUUCAAAGACUCCUUUGCGUUUCUUCGGACAAAACUCCCAACAAUCUACCUCGGUGCGCAUCGACCCCGCGCUGAUCCCCGACGUAGGCCGCCUCUCCCCGUCCUCGUCGGAAUCGGACUGGGACCGCGAGCUGCCCUCGGGCCCGGGCCACGCGGCCGCCGCCGCCGCCGACCUGGACACGGAUUUCAUUCACAGGCCGUGCGCGUGGAUGAGCGACGGCAGCUACGAGUCGCGGCUGCACAGCGCCCUGCGGCCGGCCACCCCGGCGAUGCAGCCCUCGACUUUCUCCAGGACACUGGUGCAAAUUGUCGAGGUACUUCACUGACUGCACUUUUAGCGACUUGGAACGCAGCACGUUUCUUUUUGAAAAUCAUUUUUGCCAUCUGCCAAACUACUGCCAGUCUUCUCAUACUGACCUCCGUCUUCCGGCAGCUUCACGGGAAACCGAAGCCCCCCCUCCCUGAAAGGGGCAUUAUUCAGUUACUUGAAGUGCUUUGGCGUCGAUGUUUUGAUGGUCCGACAUGUAAAGCGCUUGGGAAAGUGCAGCCCCUUGCACUUGCACCGAGGAUAGGAUGGGAUCUUUAUGGGAAUUCGAAAUGCCAUGUGUUGUUUUUAAAUAAAUAGUUUUUAAACGA